AGCCGCCAUUUUUGCUGCAUGAAGCAAACCAUUUCGUAAUGAGCAAAAAGCUGAGGAAAGCUAUGGAACUUAGCCAGCCCAAAAGAAGGACAUCAGAGGAAACAAUUGAAUCAUCAGAGCUAUCUAGUAGCCAGGAACAACUUUGA